AUGCCGUCAACACAAAAGGAUAUGCGCCGGGAGGACUUGAUUGUUCCUUACCAGCAGCCCGUUAAGCAGAGCGACGCUGGCGACAUGAGCUCGACAAUCUCUUCGACAAUGCCCAUGGCCGCUAUGUUUACGAGAAAUAAAUAUGUUGGAUGGGCCGGUCUUAUCUUCUCUCUCCAGUCUUGGCUCGGCGAGGGCGAGGCCCAAAAGGCCAACGCGUCCGCCCCUGGUUACUUUGGUGUCAUGAUGUCCGUCAUGGCUCUUGGUGUUACAUACAUGCCUCUCUUUAUGCCCGCCCCUGCUGGCCUCAAGGGCACCGGCACCGAGGCCCCUGCUCCUGUGGCCCCAGCUGCUGGCGCUUAA